GGGAGCGUUGGGAAACGUAGUACAAGCUACUCGCGACCUUAAGCAUUCAGAGUUUCAGUAUCCGCCUAUAACAUGAAUACGACAUUACUUUUGCGAGUAGUCGAACGCCGCGAUUCCGCCGCCACCGUCUUUAGCUGAAAGUCUCCGCCGCUACUGAAAAUUGUCAUUUUUUACUCUAUAGAGAAUUCUGUAUCUUUUAUAUUUUUGGCGCGUACUAUUAAGAAGAAAAAGACUAUUUUUUGCUUUUCCAAUUGUCGAAUUUAUUAUAUAAUAUAUACACGGGAGAAACGAAAAUUUGGUAACUGAAAAUUUUGGUGCGAAAGUCGGUUUCCUCAGCGUGAUAGUGCGAAUCUGUAUCGGUCGUCAGGGAAAUUUUUGGUAAAUCAAAAAUUUUGCGUGUUCCCGAGCGCUGCCACGCCGCGUCGCGAAUUGAAUGUAUUUUGUACUUUUGCGAAUUUUGUACACGACUCCGUAGCCGUAAGUCAUAGUGUCGAGAAGCUACCAACCACGUCACAGUUUCGAAAAAUCCACAAAAUCAUCAGCGGCCAGGUCGAGAGCAGAUUUCCAAGGAGCCAGAUAAAAGUGAAGAAAUGAAAAAUCCGAAGAUGCAACAUUUCCUACAAACUUUGGCCGAUUUGCUGAUUUAAGUGCGUGUUUAAUUAUUUGUGCAAAACCGGUUCCGAAUAGCCUCAAAUCAAAAGCUAGCAAAGCCUCUGCCGAAAUUCGAAGUUUAAUUAUUGGCUGCGGGGUUUUAUGUUUUAGAAAUUAAAAAAAUGGUUACUGCGAUAUCCGAGUGAGUGCUUUGGUGUUGUAUCCAAGUUGGAUUCCAUGUGCAAGAAAGUAAGAACCAAAAACCAAGGAGAAGCAAGAGUGUGAUCGGGCGAGCUCUGGCCAAGAAUUCGGAACAACCUCAAUCAGACACAGACACAAACAACCCAUCAGACUUAUUUAUUCGCUGCGUAUUUCGCUGUGGACUUGCAACACUGUUGCAAGAUAAAUCCCCUAUCCGAAUGGUUUCAUCGAACGGUGACUACGAAAACAAGUGCAAUUAUUAAUAAAUAAAAUUUAAUACAAUACGCUUAGAGAGAAUCUAGGGUGUAGCGAGAGCUCCGCGAGAGAGGCGAAGAGUUAACUUAGCCUAAGUGUCAGACCACGCUUGGAAGUAGGAAGUAACAAUUGUCUUAGAAAUCAAACCGACUACAGGAAUAACGGCUAUGUACCAUAUAAAAUUACGGGUGACCUAACAUAAAUCUAAUGUGAACUGACUGAAAAUAUAGUUUUGGAGAAAGUGUUGUAGAUCAUAUCAAUGUUUUGCGUACUAUGUAUUCUCAUCGUUAGUGUAAAAGUGAAUCUGACAGGUAAAUCUGCCUAGUGCGUAUCCUGAAUCUAAAACCUACACUGAAGACUGCAGCAUCACCUCAAACGCUAAAUGGAAAACUUGGUGAUUCGAUGCGUUGUUAAUAGUGAGCUUUAUAUCAAAAUACCUUUUGAUAGAAAAUAGACGCAGGAAAGGUAUUUGACUGUCCAAAGGACCAAUUAUACAUUUAGCAUCCCGUACGUGACUUAUCUACCGAACUGGAUUACAACGAAGAAUGGAAUUUAGACGAAGGCAUAAACGAAAGAAAUAUGCACAAUUUAAGUACAUCGAGCUACUGUCAUGGAUUAAGUAAUCCAACGGCAAACCCUCCAUCAGGCCAUUACGCUUCGCCUUCAUGUUCUCGGAACUACUGUACCGAUACAUCGAGUGAUGAGGGUUGUGGGCCGUCAACUGGAGAGUUUAUACGACCGCAUCCGUUCCAGCAAACCAACCCGUAUUACUAUGAUGCAACGGCAAUGCUACCCCCGCCUAAUUCUACUUACACCCACUGCUAUCCGCCGGAUAUCGGGCCCCCGCCUCGAAACAACACAAUGUAUCCUGGACCUAUGUCGAACCCCGGCAUGAAUCCGUGGUACCCGAACCAUCCGAUGGGAGCUGCUCAACAUGAACAAAUGCUCAAUUUGCAUUUCUCCAACAGUAAUGGUCGGGAGGCACGAAAUCGAGCUGAAAAGAAUCGACGGGAUAAACUCAAUGGGUCCAUUCAGGAGUUAUCAUCAAUGGUGCCACAUGUUGCCGACUCGCCCCGUCGCGUAGAUAAAACUGCUGUACUUCGAUUCUCUGCCCACGGACUCCGCCUUCUUUACGUGUUUGGAAAUGCAAUUAAUGGAAAACAGAGUGUGGAAAGUUUUGUUCCGGACUCAUUGAUGAGACUCCUCGAUAGCUUCUUAUUGACAUUGACAUGUCGGGGGCAAAUUGUAUUGGUUUCGCCAAGCGUUGAACAACACCUAGGACACUGCCAGACUGAUUUGUUUGGACAGAAUAUAGCGCAAAUAACACAUCCCGAUGACCAGGCCAUGUUGAAGAAACAAUUGAUACCCACAGGACUGGAAAAUCUGUUUGAUGUUCAACCCGAAGAUGAAUCGGGUGAACCAAGACCCCGAACUAAGGAGGAGGAGGAGGAGAUUGAUCGAAAAUUAAGUGCUGAUAAGAGGGUGUUUACAGUGAGACUUGCACGCGCUGGGCCCCGGUCUGAACCACCUACAUAUGAAAUAGUGAAAAUCGAUGGAUACUUUCGACGUGCGGACUCAGCGCCUCGGGGCGUUAAAACCAGCACGUACCCUUCUGGUCUUCAGCUCAUCAGGAGACCUCGCGGUCGGGACGAUUCGAUUCCUCUGCAUACUAUCAGCGGAAACGAUAUAGUCCUCAUAGCAUUGGCCCGCGUCAUCAAGCCUCCCAAAGUAUGCGAAAGAUUGCUGGAAGCAAAUCACUAUGAAUAUAAGACACGGCACCUAAUCGACGGACGAAUAAUUCAAUGUGACCAAAGAAUUUCACUCGUAGCUGGCUACAUGACCGACGAAGUAAAUGGAUUGUCACCAUUCACAUUCAUGCAUCAAGAUGAUGUUCGAUGGGUCAUAGUGGCAUUACGUCAAAUGUACGAUUGCAAUAGCACUUAUGGUGAAUCUUGCUAUCGUCUUAUAACCCGUACGGGCAAGUUCAUCUACCUCAAAACCCGGGGCUACCUAGAAAUUGAUAAAGAAAAAAAUAAAGUUCAAUCAUUUAUAUGUAUUAAUACGCUUGUUGACGAAGAUGAGGGAAAAAGACGGGUUCGUGAAAUGAAAGCUAAAUUCUCUGUCUUCGUCAAAACAAAAAUACCUCCAUCGGCUAUAGAUGCUCCAGCGGCUGAAAAUCCUCAGCAACUGGAGCGCGCCAUACUCUGCCUAAUCCAUAAUUUGGAUAAAUCAAAUGAAAGCGAAGACGAUUCAAAUGGUCCGGAGAAGAGUGAUGGUAGCCAACGACAUUCGAAAUCGCCACCGCUUGUACUUGUUCCGCCCAAGCCAUGUACCAUAAAGUCCUCGAUAACGAAAAGCGUGAAUGUCGUCAAUAUUACGGCAAAACACUUUCAGAAUAAAUCGCAUUUAAAUAACGUGAAAAGUCCAAAUCCCGAUGAGGAGGGAACCGCCAAUUCACCGACGAAUCGCGAGGUCAAAACUCCGGAUGUUGAACGUAAAGAUGAGAAUGACAGAGUUGCAGGGCUAGAGGCAAUUGUUGUGAAGGAGGAGAAUGAUUCGGAUUGCGAACAAAGAGUGCCACCACUGCCCACAGCUACAGGAUACUUCGAAAUGAGCACAUACACCCAAUCCAUGUCGAGUUCUUCGUCCCUCGAUCCAAAUAUCCUAAGUUGCGCAGAUCAGCCAGUUCGGUCGAGAUCGGUUCUUAAGCGAAUGCGCAGUUUCGAUCAGUUUGAAGAUGAGAAUGAAAGUAUAGCUCCAAAGAGAAAUGUUUCAGAAAACCAUAUUUUUAGGACACCAUCAAUACAAGAUCUUACGAAUCCGAGUGCUGCAGAUUUGUUGCAAGUUCUACCAAACUCCUUCGAAGCUCUGGAUAGAUCCCUCCUGCAUGUAGAAAGUGCAACUACGGAACUCAAGGACCAGUGCAAUAAUUUCCGAAUCGAUGCAAGUACUCAGCACCAACUGGAUGAAAUUAUUGAGGAGCACCAGGAGCAACGAGAAAUGCUUGAAUCAAUGCAAAGCGAGUUUCAAGCGCACCUCAACAACACCGGACCGAUUCGACCAAAUUUGAAGGACAGCAAUCCAGCCUUCUCCAAUAAAAAUGAGUUGAAACCAAGAUAAGAUUAAUGUGCCCCAGAAGUAAAAAGUACAUCGGAAAACUAAAUUUGAUAUUGUUUAUAUACACUAAGUGAACUAUAUACUAGAUGUAUAAGCCAAGAUUAAAUUACCGAAGACUUUUGUCCUUCAAAACAAUGGUAUUUCAUUUGUUUAUGGUUUCUAUUAGGAAAAGUUCACUUCAUUUAGGAGAUCUAAUGGAACAGAAGAAGAAAAUUAGUGUUUCCGGUUUUAUUAUAUUGUUUAUAUAUUAGUAGACUUCUAUUGUUAUUGUUAUAAAUUAUAUAAGAAUUAGGAGAAAGGAGAAUUAGACAGAUUAUUGGAAGCAAACUCUGGGGCAAUAUAUAUGUAUGAAUGUUUUUAUAGCUCUAUUUUUAUCAUUUAACGUUUCUGUUCGUUUAUAAUUCUUAUUUAUUUUUUAUUCUUUUGUUUUAAGUAUAAGACCAACAUACCUCAAUUUAAGUUUAAAUUUGUGCGUAAGAAAUUUUAGACUAUGCAAGAAAAAUUUUAUUGUUCGUUUGUACGUAAGUGUAAUAAAAGAAAAAUAAAAAAAAAACAAGGAAAAUAUGUUAACUGAACUUUACAGCAUUCAGUUUUACUGAAGAUAUCUAUAUACAAUAAACUGUCAAUAUUUACGUAAAGAG